CGAAAAUCUUAGUUUUUGACAUAGGCGUUAGGUCUAGCUUAAAUGUAUAGGAUCGGUAUGGCAAAUUAGUUUAGGUCGAAAUGUCGCCGCAUUAUAUAUUCCAGGUGCACCUUCAUAAGUAGGCCUAAAGAUGAGCACGGAAUCCCCUCACUUGGUAGCAAAAUGCUCACACCUUCUAGCCCUUGUCUCUGCCGCCCUGGUAUACUGCGUGCUGGCUGUGCGGCCUCGUCAGCCCGGGCUCCCGCGCCUGCUGGCUAGCCUUCCAGCUUUCAUCGUCUUUGGCCUCAGUCCUGUGUAUGUUAGAGAGAGCAUGGUCCUCUCCGGCUGCCUGGGCCUUACCCUGAUGUGGGUCGCCAACUUUAAGCUGCUAGCCUACUCAGGCAACCGCGGCGCGCUGGCGCAUCCGGGAGUCACCAACGGCGUGCAGUGGGGCGCACUGCUGCUGCUGCCCUUCUUCCCCACAAAGUCCGGCCGUAAGCCCUGCAGCGCCUCCAGCCGCGCCGCGCUGUUGGGAGUGCUGCUGCGGCUGGGCGUGUGGCUGGCCCUCAGCGUGAUGCUGCAGGGGCCGGGGCAGGACAUGCACCGGGGACUGCGGCACGUGUGCUACGCGCUGUACAUGUGGAUGUUCGUGGGGCUAUGUCUGGACGCCGCCUCGCCCCUCAGCGGCCGCCUGCUGGGACCCCACCUGCCGCUGCAACCAGCCAUGGACGCGCCGUACGCCGCCACGUCCGUACGGGAGUUCUGGGGCCGGCGGUACAACCAGAUCGUGUCCGCGACGCAGCUUGAAACCGUGUACAAGCCCAUCUUGCAGGGACGGUGGCUGGCUUUGCCGCCGUUGCCACGGCCGGAUUCGCCGCUGGAGGCGGCGGCGGCGAGGAAGCGACCCACCGCUGGUAGCCUUGAGGAGGAGGACGAGGGCAGCAACAACAACAGCAACACGGCACAGGCGGAGACGGAGGUGCAGCGACGUGUGCUGGCAUGUGGGUGCUGCGCCUCCGCUUCCCCGUCAGCGCUGAGCGGUGACAGUAUGGUGAUGCCGGCGGGGCUGAAGUCCGCCGAUGGCAGCGGCAGGCCGCCGCUGCCGCCGUCGUCGUCGUCGUGUCGUGCAGUGGCAGCGAAGGCGGAGGGCGCGACGAAAGACGGCGGCAGCGUUGGGGCCAUGGAUGCUGCCAGGAACCGCUGCUACAGCAAGGGCAAAGGUAGCAAUCCAGGUAACAAGAGCACUGUCAGCAGCAGCGGUGUUGGUGUGGAUGAGGGAGAGGCCGAUCACAGUAGCCGCAGCGGCAGCGGUGGAGGGGGUGGUGAUGAGGGUGUACAUGCGGCUGUGGCAGCUAGCAAGGGUGCGGCGCCACCAGCCGAUGCAGGUGCUGCUACGGCGCCGGAGCAGCAGCACCAGCAGCCCCCCAGCUGGUUGCGUGGAACGACGGCGCUGACGGCCUCCUUCCUGGUCAGUGGAAUCAUGCACGAGAUCUGCGUCGCCUUCAUGUGCGGUGGGCGCCUGGAGGGCAGUUUCCGCAUGCUGGGCUUCUUCGCGCUGCAGCCCGCGCUGAUCAUGGCUCAGUACAAGCUGCUGCCGGACAGCGAGAAGUACGGCAGCAGCAGCAGCAGCUGGGUGGGGCAGGCGGUGCACCGUAUCACGACGCUGGCGGCGGUGCUGCUGAGCGCGGAGCUCUUCUGGGCGCCGUUGGAGGCGUGUCGCAUAGAUGAGAAGGGUUUGGCGGAGGUUGUGGGAGCACUGCAGGGCGCGACUGAAUGGCUGCGUGCGGCUGGUCUGGUACGACUGUGAUUGGCAAGUGGGUAGGUGGGAUGUAGGAUGGAGGGAUGGAUACAGGUUGCUGACUAUGUUGGUUUUGAGCAUUUUCGUGAUAUGGAAAUAGUGAUGAUGAUGAUGAUAAUGAUGACUGUGGCUGACAUGCGGGAUGGAAGAAUAUGCCGAACGCGGCAUUGUCCCGUAUAGCAAUGGAUGUUGCGUGCGGGGCGAGAAAGUGCUGGACAUUAUGCUCCGGGGACCCAUUAAGUUAUGAUGCCG